AUGGCCGGACGUCGCAGGAUGACAGACAGACAGACAGGGCCUGCGUCUGCGAGGAGAACCACAGGGCGCGGGCGCCCCGUGCCUCAUCACGUCGCCAUCACGUCCCACGCUACGAAGCCACCAGCCACCGGGAGGAUGUCCGAAUCCCACGUCAACGAGGACGAGGACCGAGAGCCCUAG